AUGGGUAAACGAAAACGUCCAGAGCCGGAAUCAUUAGAGUUGAGAAUAGGGACCAACUUCGAAGGUUUGAAAAAUAUCUGUGUGGGGAUUCUGGAGGAUUACAAGAACAAAGUUGUUACGCAUGAUUUUAUAUGUAGUUAUUUCGAAAGGGCCAACGACUUGAGCAGAGAGCAGACGGAGGAGUUACUCAAGAACUUGGUUUUGGAUAAUGUCAUCAUGGAGGUGAAGAGGAAGAGCAAUGGUCUCCAUGAAUAUAAACUGACCGGUAAAAAAACCGGUGGUGGUGAAGCAAGAGCUGGAGCUUUAGCAUCGGUGCCUUGCGGGGCUUGUCCUCAUAUAGGAAUAUGUUCACCCGACGGAGCUAUCUCUCCGACUACAUGUACUUAUUUCCAAAAAUGGUUAGACUUUUAG